AUGGCCCAGCUCGAUCAGAUCGGUGCCCAACGCCUUCGAGAGAUGAUCCUGGCAGACUCCGGUGCAGGGCUGACUCCCCAAUUGCUGUGCGCUCGAUGUCGAACGUACAACAUUGAAGAGUGGCUGUUCCCCUCUGAAACCCCCGAUUUCGACUUGAUGGACGCGUUUCGGUGGCGGGACCAUCAGCUGCCAUGGUUACGCUUUUUUCAAAACUUCUCGACGUGUGCCUUCUGCCACCUGGUGCUCUUGGGAUUGGCUCACGACCCGAACUUUGCGAGCCUGAAGUUUUCAGCCGACCUGGCCUGGGUCUCUUUCACGCUGAUCAGAUCAGGCACGGUCAUUACGACGGACAUGGGACUCGGGCCCGUGCAGAACCACACUCAGGAGGGUUUGAGGCGGAUGCGGCAUGGAAACAGCUCUCGUCGUAUCGUGAGGCAUCUCAGCAUCCAGGGAGUCUCGAGCGGAAUUAGGGCCACUGCCGAUUGGUUUCCGCGAUCCACAACAGGGAUGUCGCAGGACCAGCUGCUAAGCUGGCGCCCUAUGGCACUACGAGGACGGGCCAUCGACCCUCGUGUUCCGCAGCUGUGGCUUGAGAUGUGUAAGAAAUUCCAUGGUAAUAAGACCUGCGGUCCAGCGCCGUGGACCGAUAUUGCCCAAGCAGGUGUUAUGUUCAUCGACGUGGAAAGACGCUGUAUAGUCGCUGCUGACUCGCCCGUACGCUACUGCGCCCUGAGCUACUGUUGGGGCGAUCUUAUCAGUCAACGUGAUUUCCUCAAAUUGACGAAAGAUACCAAGGCGGUGCUGACCAAGGAGAAUGUGCUUACGGACGAGCAUCCUUUGCUCCCCCUCACGAUUCGAGAUGCGAUACUGUUCACAAAGACCAUUGGCUGCCGCUAUCUGUGGGUGGAUGCGUUGUGUAUCCUGCAAGACAGUGAGGAAGACAUGCAGGCGCAGAUCAAUCACAUGGACGAGAUAUAUGCACACGCCACGCUGACCAUCGUCGCUGCCGCCGGCAAAGAUGCCUGGGCGGGUCUCCCUGGCGUUCGUCAAGACUCACGUACCGUUCGACAGAUAAACAGGCAGAUAUCUGGCAUCACACUAUCCUCGCGACUUCCGCACAAGGAUCGCAUCUGGGCGAUAUCGGAGAGCGGUUGGUAUCAACGAGCUUGGACUCUGCAGGAACACUUUCUGAGCCCGCGACUUCUCUUCUUUACCCAGUAUGAGAUGUUCUGGGAAUGCGGGGACACCGUAUGGGAGGAAGGGACCCAUUGCGAGAGCUGCCUCUAUCCACACACAGACAUUGAAGGCCUCAGAUUGACCCGACCGGCGCGCGACAACACGCCUUUCCAGAGGUGGGCCGAGCUGAUGAACCUCGUGUCCAGGCGGGAACUUGGACACGAGGAAGACAGGCUUCGAUGCAUGCAAGGACUGCUCAACCGGCUACGGCCUGACUUUCCGGGCCAGUUCUUCUGGGGGAUGCCGGUCGCCUGCCUUGCCUCAGCGUUACUAUUCCACCAUGGUGUGUGGCACCAAGCUCCUUUUGAGCGACGUCAAGGGUUUCCAAGUUGGUGCUGGGCGGGGUGGCUGAAAACUGCCGUCUCAUCCGUGGUCGGGGCCUAUGACAGCGGCUUUAGUGAUGACCGUGGCGAUGACGGACGGGGUGUUGACGGACAACCUGAACCAUCUUGGGUACGCAAAGAGGUCGCCUACUUCAAAAUUGGCGAGGACGGUAGGAGAUGGCAUGAGCUUCCGGCUGCGUGGUUAAGCGGUGAUGGCUCUGCCUUCUAUCAACAGUCGAGAGAUAAGUGGAUGGGAGAAGGCCAGUAUCUCGUCCGCGACGAGGUCAGGGAGCAGCUGGCGCAAGCACAGGUGCCGCUGUCGCAUGCACUCGGGUUUUGGACCCAGAGUGUCCGCCUCACCGUCGACCGAGACCUCAAGGUGAAGAAGGGUGACAAGAGGGGCUUUGGAGGCUCCGAGGACUCGUAUAAUGGCUAUGUUGUGCGCGAUGACAUGGGCAAGAGUAUCGGCGGAAUCAGUCUGACCCCCGAGUAUCGCAGUACAAUGUCAGAGCGACUUCUAUUCAUCCUCAUCGGACAGAACCGUCGCUGGCACCACAAGCUCGGUCCUCUGCUGGAUCUGCUCCAUGUGGAAACUAAGGGCGGCAUCACCUACCGAGUGCAGACUAUUCGCGACGCCGCCGUGCGACUCGAGACAUGGCAGCGCCUGAGUCCGAGAUGGGAAUUCGUUCUCAUGGCUUGA